GUAUUUGUAUAAAACAUUUUUAAAAUGCAUUAAAUAGAUCUCAUAAUAGAUCUCAUCUCGUUAGAUUUCUGUCACAAAAUUUUUAAAAACGAUUUAUAACGACAACAACGAUAACAAAGUUUGUAUUAAAGAAAUCAUCAUAAUGUCAAGUUCUAGGAAAGUUAAAGCAAGACGUGAUAGUGAUUUAGUAGAUAUUAAUCCCAAAAGAAUGAAAUUAGAAGACAAAGACAAUGUAGAGAAAGAAAACGAUAGUAUAAUUACAAGUGAUGUAUCACUUGAAAAUGUUUCUCAACAAUUGUUAUCACUCGAACAGAAUUUGGCUAUUGAAGUUGGAAAAAUUACAUUCCGUUCACCGGUAGAAUAUGUUUAUAAUCCUCUUGAGUAUGCAUUUAAUAUACACACUAUGUACGUAGAGAAGUAUUGUAAGACUGUUAAGAAAAUAUUAUUUCUUGGAAUGAAUCCUGGCCCUUGGGGUAUGGUCCAAACUGGUGUUCCAUUUGGAGAGAUAAAUAUGGUUCGCGAUUGGUUAAAAAUUUCAGGACCAGUUGGAAAACCAGCCAAAGAACAACCAAGUAGGAAAGUAACUGGAUUUCAAUGUACCCGUAGUGAAGUCAGUGGGAAAAGAUUAUGGGGUCUCUUUCAAGAAUUAUGCAAAAGUCCUGAAAAAUUGUUUAAGCACGCAUAUAUACAUAACUAUUGUCCUAUUGCGUUAAUGAAUAAAAAAGGCUGCAAUAUUACACCAGCAGAACUGAAGGCACCAGAGGUACAAACAUUACAUGCUGCUUGUGAUAAGGCUUUGGCAAAAACUAUCAGUAUUUUAAAAGUUGAAAUUGUGAUUGGCAUUGGCGGAUACGCAGAAAAACGAGCGCAAUUAGUAGUUCAGUCUUCAAAAUUACCUGUGAAGGUUUUAUGCUUACCUCAUCCAAGUCCACGUGCUGUGAAUAAUAAAAAUUGGAGUGAGAAAGCAACACAAAAGUUGAGUGAGUUUGGAUUACUUGAAUGUUUUACAGUUUAAAAUACCUUGACAAGAAAAAUAGAAAAAAUUUUAUUCUUCAUCAGUAGAAGUUAUGUUACCUUACUGUAGAAUUUAUGUUAUUUAUAUUACUUUGCAAAUUCCUGUAGCUAUUAUUUUAUAAUCUACUGUAUAUGUGUGUGUGUGUUUGUAUUUUUAUAAAAAUUUGUUAAGUUAAAGUUAUUAGAACACAAAAAAAGUACAAUGGAUAUUUUAAGUUGGAUGGAUGUUGCUUUACAAAAGGCAAAUGAGUCAUUAAAAGUUGGUGAAGUUCCAGUUGGGUGUUUAUUUGUAUACAACAGUAAUGUCAUUGCUGUAGGUAAUAACACAGUUAAUAAAACUCGCAAUGCAA